GGAAGCCGCUUCCUCCUGGAGGUCCAUCGUGCCUAAACACAAUCUCUAUGCCUUGUCCUGGGCAGGAGGAUGAGGCUUGGCUAUGUUCCCUUUCAAGAAUCAAGACGAGAGGACUGAAAGAGAAACAGCUGAAAAGAAGGAGCCAAAUAAAAAACAAGAUCCAGCUGGAGGAGUUCAGGCCCGAUAAGCAGGCUUGAAAAAGAGGUCAGGCCCCAGGAGCUGGGCUGGAGCAGCGAGGAGUGUUUUUUCCAAGGGAAGAUGACUGCCUGAGAGAGGUUUUCCCAUGCCCUCUUUUGGACUUGAUGGGGGUCAUUUGGGACAAUAAGGCCUGAUAACUCCUUGGACUUAGGAAGCGAGAGAGCAGGAAUCAAGAAAAGCUUUUGUGUUUUUUGGUUUGUGUAGAAAAUAUGAUGGAUUGAGAUAAAAUUUUUCAAAAUAGGCCCAAUGAAGAAGAGCAGAUUCAAGGAGUAAAGCUUUGGUAGGCAGCCUGAAAUUGCUCAUCAAGGAAAAAGACCAGACUCGGAUUUUAAAUGGCUUCUUCUGAAUGAAGCAAUUAAUGCUAAAAGGAACAUGUUGUCUCCUCAGCAUUUAUAAGGUCCACUGCUGGCACAGAGCAAGAUAAGAAAUUGUUCAAUGGGAUCAUUUAUGAGGAUGGCCUGUGCAAAAAGACACCCAGAGAUUUCAUGCUGUUGAUUCACAGAAAGCCUGUUACUGUUCACUCCGUAGAGUCCUCAGAGUCUGGAUCAUCCCUUACAGAACAUCCUUGAUAAUAUUUCUGAUAUACCUCCAAGGUUCCGUUUGUCAAAUGUGUGUGACCCUUCCAAUAAGUCACCAGAGGUGAUGAGGGAGAGAGAGAAAGAAAGCAAAUUGCAACUGUAGAGAGUCUCUGAACAGUGAAAGAUCAAAACAGGCAGUCUCUGGCUUUACUGGAUGAGUCACCAUUGCAGCCCGACCACAAAAACAAGCGUGGCUUCUGUACUUAGCAGCAGUCUUCCUGUCUGGAAAGGAAACAUUGCUCAGAUUGGAGAUACUGGCCAUUUUAUAGACUUCAAAGCAACUUAGGCAACUGAACUGUCAGGCGGGAAAACAGAGACUUGUUUCCAGGCACUGAGCUAAGUUCUGUGGGGGAUGGAGAUAUAAUCAACAUGAGGACCAUCUAAUGAAGAAGCGGGACCAGUACACAUACCAUGACACUAUGAAAGGAAAUAUGUACUGAAAACAGGAAAAGCAUGAUACCAUGAUGGUGCAAGGAAAACAGAGGAUGUCUUCCAUUUGGAAGCCCCUUUGCUUCUAAGAAGUUCCAGAGACCAACCCAGGCCCACAGAAGUAGAACCUGAGAAGGAAUUUGGGUGCAUGCGGUUUAUUGAGUUUACACUCUUAAAAAACAUCUCCAAAGAAUGAAGAAAACAGAACAGAGAAGAGCUGAGCAAGAAUGUUAUCACAGGCUGAAGAAAUGUCAACAAUUGCGAGUUUUGAAGGAUUCCAGGCUGUGUCUCUGAAGCAAGAAGGAGAUGACCAACCCUCUGAGACUGACCACCUAUCGAUGGAGGAAGAGGACCCGAUGCCAAGACAGAUUUCAAGGCAGUCAAGUGUGACUGAAUCAACUCUUUACCCCAAUCCUUAUCAUCAGCCUUAUAUCUCACGGAAGUACUUUGCUACACGGCCGGGGGCCAUUGAGACUGCCAUGGAAGACUUGAAAGGUCACAUAGCUGAGACUUCUGGAGAGACCAUUCAAGGCUUCUGGCUCUUGACAAAGAUAGACCACUGGAACAAUGAGAAGGAGAGAAUUCUGCUGGUCACAGACAAGACUCUCUUGAUCUGCAAAUACGACUUCAUCAUGCUGAGUUGUGUGCAGCUGCAGCGGAUUCCUCUGAGCGCUGUCUAUCGCAUCUGCCUGGGCAAGUUCACCUUCCCUGGGAUGUCCCUGGACAAGAGACAAGGAGAAGGCCUUAGGAUCUACUGGGGGAGUCCGGAGGAGCAGUCCCUUCUGUCCCGCUGGAACCCAUGGUCCACUGAAGUUCCUUAUGCUACUUUCACUGAGCAUCCUAUGAAAUACACCAGUGAGAAAUUCCUUGAAAUUUGCAAGUUGUCUGGGUUCAUGUCUAAGCUUGUUCCAGCUAUCCAGAAUGCCCACAAGAAUUCAACUGGAUCUGGAAGAGGAAAGAAACUGAUGGUGUUAACCGAACCCAUUUUGAUUGAGACCUACACAGGGCUGAUGUCAUUCAUUGGAAACCGCAACAAACUUGGCUAUUCCCUCGCCCGUGGGAGUAUCGGUUUUUGAGAGUCUUUUUGGUACCAUAAGUAUAUCAUCCAUAGAUAUGUCACUUUGAAAAUUCCAUUUUGACCCACCCUAUUUUUGGACUGAAGCAAUUAAUUAUUUUUAAAUGACGCUUUAUGAUUUUGAAAUUUAGUAUUUCCGAAAAUUUAAAAGCUUGAUUGGACUGAUAGAUACACACUUUAGACCUCAUACAAGAAUAACCAAAUUUUCUUAAAACUAGAAAAUAAAUGCUGCUGAGCCUAUCAAAUACUGUUAUCAAAUGAGUGCCUGAUCAUCAACUCAGGAAAGAAGACUCUUUAAGUCCUGUUGCUUCAGCUCUCUAAAUGUAGGCUUUUUUUUUUUUUUUUUUUUUUUUUUAGGUCUUGGACUUCAGCCCUCUUAUCCUGAUUUACUCUCUCAUUGGGGUCUCACUAUCUGUAGUAUUUUAGCUACCACUUGAUAAGGAUGACUUCCAAAUUUAUAUUCCCAUUCCUAAUAUUUAUUCCAAGAUUCAGUUUUGCAUUUCUGACGGCUAAUCAUCUAUAUAUCAGUGUCCCAAUGGCCUCUUAAUUGAGCCUUAUCAAAAUCCCGGAUUUCUCUGUGGCAUUUAUAUGGUCCCAGUUAUCCAUCCCUGAAGUCUGUCAAUUUUGAUUUCUCUAAAUUCCUUGCCAUGACAUCCUAUAUAUGAUCACAUCUCUAUAUGGCUUAGCAUUGUAUUCCGAUGCCCAGAUGUCAAACUUGAAGCUCAUUCUCUUAUCAAAAUUGUUCAUAUAUUCCUCCUUUCCAUUCUUAUAGCUGUAUUAUUAGAUCAGGUUUUUAAUUCCGCUCAACCAAUUAUUACCACAGCCUGUUAAAUGGAAUGCCUACUCCAAGGCUGACUGUUUCAAUCUAUCCUACACUUGGUUUCUAGCUCAUUUACUUAUACCAUCUUUUGUUCAAAUAUAUAUUUUUUAAUAACAGACCUUUUUCUUCUAAUGAAAUCUUUUGUAGAAGCAGAAUAUAUGAAGCAGAUAAAAGUAGGAUCAAUGUGGUUGGAGUGAAGAUGAGAAUGCCACAGGCAUCUUUCUUUCUAGGCCUCAGAGGUGCUGCAUAUGGAAUGUCCAUGGAUCGCAGAGGGUUUUGAAGACCAUGUUUUCAAAAACACUGUCUUAACACUCUAUUCUCGUUGCUCUUUUCUCUCUUAUUUCCUCUUUGUCUCUUCCUGACUUAGAUCUAAUUUUCAACAACCCAGGAAAUUAUCUCAUAUGUUUGCAUCUCUCAAGUUUCUUUUCUUUUUUCUUUCAGAUCUUAUUUUAACUAAAUUUAUUUAGAAAAAAAAGCUUUGAAUGUUGACUACAUAGACAUUACUACAAUAAGCUUUUUGCCUUUCCCAAGACUCAAAAUUGACACAUCUUUGUUGAUGUUUAAGUCGAAAUUCCAGCCAACUUUUUUUUGACUUUUAUGUGAAGUGUAAAGUCUUUUCUUUGAAAAGCUUGCUUCCUCAAUUUCGAAGAUUUGUCCUCUGAUAUAUUUAUAAACAUCAAUUUAAUGCAGGCAUUCAAACCCUAAACCUUGAAUAACUCUUAUUUUAUUUUGUCUUUGUUUACUUCCAUUAAUUUUUUUUCUUUCCCUCUCUUCUGCCUUUACAGCACCCACUUUUUCCCCCAUGAUGGCAAAUAUUGUUAUAGUCCCCAAGGCAGGGAACUUCUAUUCAGACUGUAAAAGGAAAUGUUGAAAUCCAUAGCUGUCCUGUCAACAGUAGUGGAAUGAAAAGUCGUUGGAUUGUUUUGGCACUGGUUCUGAAGCAGGCAUAAUUGGCAAAUUAUUAUAAUACUGCUGCCCGAAAAUCCCCAUUUGCCUCAAGAUAGUGGCAUUUAUUGGCAGAAGCCUCUGAAAUGUCCAGCACAUUCUUUUGAGUUACCAUUUAAGGAUCAGCCUGACAAUCGACUUCUCUCUGCACAUUUGUCCCCUUUGUAACCUAAGCCAGACUGUUCCCAAAUGACCUUCUAAAGGACACAGUGCACCAUCAUCAAUGGAAACAGUUCAGAAAGAAUGACAGGAGGGAGAUGUUUCUUAGUUCUGAGAGCCAGUCUGUAACAAUGGGAUAAGCAUUUAAUGGAAUCAAAGCUGUUUUCCAUAAAGAGUGAACUCAGAGACGACAUGAGGGUCUUUAUGAAUUCCCUUCACAUUUUGUAAAAACUGUCAUAUAUAGGAUAUCCCCUUAAAUGCUAAAUGGGAUCUAGAAAGCAGUAUUAUGACCAGAGGGUGAGAAGAUUUAGGAAUUUGGAUAGCAGUUCAAGAUAAGAAAGAACUUCUUAUAGUUAUAAAUUUUCAAUGAUGGAAUGUGUUGCUUCUUUAAACAGUGAGCCCACCAUCACUUGGUAUGUUCAAGGAAAGACUAGAUAAAGUAGAUAUUGUGAGAGGAAUUGCUGUAUGAUACCAUUUGGAGAAAUGAUUGACAUAAUCUUUUAAGGCCAGUGACCCUAUCAUUUUUCACAUAAUUGUUGCUAGUACUUAGUUAAUUAGACCCAUUUUUUUCUUAGGAAAGAGUUGGAUCAAUCAUGGAAGACCCUGAAAAAUUUCCUUAACUUUCCCAAGGUUUAAUUUCUUCUUCCGCGAAAUGGAGACAAUUAUAUUACUUUUGCUUAUUUCAUAAAGAUCUUGUGAGGAUUCAAUGAAAUGAGGUUAAAUUCUUUUAUUAAACAGAAAGUUUUGAG